UUUUGUUAGCAACCUCAUAAUAACAACGACUGCUCUAAGCAGCUUAUAGCUUGCAGCGUUUUAGUGAUUCUGUAAAGAUUAACAUUUUUUUGUAUACUUAUUGAUUUAUUAAUUAUUUUAGAAAUUUUUAAUUUAUUUCAAAACAGUAUCUAAAAAAAAUUUGGUUAAAAUUAUUUACAAUUUUGAGUUUAUGUCCAGUAUUAUUAUGUCACCAAUUGAUAGUACCAUAAAUCAAAAUUUUGUUGAUAAAUUUAGUCUUCUUAAUUGUUCAUUUUAUGAAAAUGUUAUACCAGUGUAUAAGUAUAAAUGCUUACGUACUGGGAUUACUAUUGUAUUUGGUGAUAUUGAUGGUCCUCUAGUAAAUGGAUAUUUCACUUUGGCCACAGAAGCUCACGAUAAUGAUGGUAUUCCACAUACAUUAGAGCAUUUAAUAUUUCUUGGAUCGGAAGAAUAUCCUUACAAAGGAGUUCUUGAUUUGGUAGCAAAUCGUUGUCUUGCUUCAGGAACCAAUGCUUGGACUGAUGUGGAUCAUACUUGUUAUACUGUCAGCACAGCCGGGAGUGAAGGAUUUCUAUCAUUGCUUCCUAUUUAUCUUGAUCAUAUUUUGUAUCCUACUUUAACUGAUGCUGGUUUUGUCACAGAAGUUCACCAUAUAACUGCGGAAGGUGAAGAUGCUGGUGUUGUUUAUUGUGAAAUGCAAGGACGGGAAAAUACUGCAGAAAGUAUUGUAAGUCGGUCACUACUUAAAAAAAUGUAUCCCGGUGUAUGUGGCUACAAAUCAGAAACAGGAGGUAUUAUGAAAAAUUUACGAGAGUCAACUACUAAUGAAAAAAUUCGCAAAUAUCAUCAUGCAUAUUACCGACCUGAAAAUCUGUUACUUCUAGUCACUGGAAAAGUUGACCAUUCUUCUUUAUUUAAUAGUCUAGAACCAGUUAUCCAAAAAAUUUUAUUAAAAGGAAGCCGAGGAGAAUAUGUAAAACCAUGGCAAAAUACUGUAGAUCCUUUAACCGAAUCUUCAAAUUAUAUAGAACUAUUUCCAUGUGAUGAAGAGACCAAUGGUGUUAUCAAUGUUGGUUGGAGAGGUCCAGUUGGGUCAAAUUAUAGAUACAAGUAUAUGGCUUGUCAGUUACUCUUAAAAUAUUUAACUGAUACUCCAAUAAGUGCUUUACCAAAAGAGUUUGUUGAAAUAUCUGACCCAUUGUGUAGUUCGGUAUCUUACUAUAUAAGUCAUCAUUUAAAUCCAAGUUUAGUUCUUGAAUUUGAAAAUGUACCAAUUCAAAAAUUAAAUGCAGAACAAAUACCAUUGAAAUUAAAUGAAGUAUUUAAUAAGCUUAUAAGUAAUGAUUGUUAUUUUAAUCUAGAAAGACUGAGAACAUGUAUAGAAAGAUAUAAGCUAUUCUUAUUAAUAAAUUUAGAAAAUUGUUCUAGUUCUAGUUUAGCCAAUUUAAUAAUUGGAGACUUUUUGUAUGGAAAGAAUCAAUCAGAUUUAGAUGAUAGAUUGAACACAAUUAUCAUUUUGAAGAAACUUAUUAGUGAAGAUAUCUCAUUUUGGAAACAGAUUUUAAAUGAUUAUUUUAUAAGCAAUCAUAAAGUAGUUGUAAGAGGAAUCCCAUCUAUAAAAAGACAACAAGACCUUGCUAAUGAAGAAGUGCAAAGAGUAUCACAACGCAAAAAAGAUUUAGGGGAUGAUGGUUUAAAAUUAAAAUCUAUUAAACUACUGAAUGCUAAAACAGAAUGUGAAAAAAAACCUCCUAAUGAAAUGUUGACAUCAGUUAAAAUUCCUAAUGUUGAAUUCAUACAGUUUUUAACUUAUGAUACUUUUUCAUCAAAUUCAAUAAAUCAACACAAUUUAUUUAAAACUUCUGAGGUUCCAUUGUUUGUUGAAAUUGACAAUAUUAAAAGUAAUUUUGUUUAUAUGAAUGCAUUUAUUAACACUAAAGACUUGGCGUUGAAUCUUAGAAAGUACUUACCCAUUGUUGUUGAUUUAAUAAUGGAAAGUACUGUAAUACAAAAUGGUGUAAAAUUAGAUUACAUGGAUGUCAUUGCAGAAUUAGAAAAAGAUACUGUUUCAUGGAAUUCGUCUGUUGGAAUCGGAUCAACUUCUUGGUUUUCUUGUGGAACUUUUUCCUCUGUUGUAAUAUUAUCACUUAAUGUUGAACCAGAAAAAUAUAAUAAAAGCAUCAACUGGCUUCAUAAUUUUCUUUAUAAUACAAUUAUUACUAAAGAAAAGUUUUCUAUCACUUUGUCAAAAAUUAUAAAUGAAGUUUCUUGCUAUCGUAGAGAUGGAAGCCAUAUGUUAAAAGACAUUUUAAGAAAUAUGAUUUACAAACAAGAUAGCAAUAAUUACACAUUUAGUACUUUAAGACAAUAUAAGUUUCUAACUAGCUUGCAAAAAACCAUUGAAACAGAAGAAGGUUGGCAAGUUGUAAAUGAAGAUUUGAAUAAAUUAAAAUUAUUUUUAGCUAAUCCAGAUAUGAUAAAAUUACACAUAACAGGCAAUUUGGAUAAAUUAUGUGUUAUUAUUCCUGAAGCCUCUGUUACAUUACAAAAAAUUAUUCCAGAUAAUUCAAAGACAUCAGUACAUCCAUUUAAUACACUUUAUGACUUUGAUUCUAUGUUACCUCUAAACCAAUGUGAAAGUCAAGCUUGUAUUGUUGGAAUGGGUUCUAUUGAAUCAAGUUAUUUCACCCAAGUUACUGAUUGUAUAAACGAUUAUAACGAUCCAGACAUAGCUGCUAUUUUAGUAUUUUUGCAAUAUUUUACUCAGUUAGAGGGACCUAUGUGGAAGAAUGUACGAGGAUUAGGUUAUGCAUAUUCCUAUAGCAUUAUUCCAAGGCCAGACGAAGGAAAGAUUUCCUUACAUUUUUACCGCUCUGUAAAUGUACCAGCUGCUUAUCAAGCUACAAAAUCAAUAAUAGAUGAACAUUUAUCUAGUGAAUUUUCUUGGGAUCAAACACUAUUCGAGUCAGCAAAAUGUUCUGUUACAUUUGAAAUAAUUGAUAGAGAGAGUACAAUUGGUACUUUAACCUCACAAUCAAUUUUGUUUCACUUCCGAAAUUUAAAACAAACUUAUAACCAGGAUCUUGUAAAGAAAAUAUCAUUAGUAAAACUUGAAGAUCUUCCUGAAAUUGGCAGAAAAUAUGUGAUUCCAUUAUUCAAUCCACAAUCUUCCAUAACUGCAAUGGUAUGUCCUCCCUCAAAAAUUGAAGAAAUAGCUAAUGAAUUUGAAAAAAUUGGUAUUAAAAUGAACGUGUAUAAAUCUUUAGAUGAAAGUUUUCUAAAUAACUAACCUAUAAUACAAAGUUUUAUUGUAUUAACAUGUAUAAAUCAUGCUUCAAAAAUAUUUUCAGUAUAGUUUAAUAUUUUAAUUGUCUUUUUCCCUCCCACGGUUACAAUAUUAAUAUAAAUAAUAAUUGAAAA